AUGUCUGGGGAAGCGUGGUUAUACCUCUUCGCGGUACUGGUAAAUGCCGUCAACCUGUUCCUGCAGGUCUUUUUCACCAUCAUGUACAGCGACCUGGAAUGCGACUACAUCAACCCUAUCGAUCUCUGCAACCGCCUCAACACCUACAUCAUCCCCGAAGCCGCCGUACAUGGAUUCCUGACGUUUAUCUUCCUGAUCAACGGAUACUGGCUGCCACUCAUCCUUAACCUGCCCCUUCUCGGAUGGAACAUCAAGAAGAUCGUUGAUAACGCGCAUCUGUUGGAUGCUACCGAGAUCUUCAGGAAGCUCAACGUGCACAAGAAGGAGUCGUUCAUCAAGCUCGGCUUCCACUUGAUCAUGUUCUUCUUCUACCUUUACAGCAUGAUUGUCGCUCUCAUCAAGGACGAGUCACACUAG